CGGUCAUGAUCUUUCCUUGGGUACUCGGCAAAACCUCACCUCUCCUUGUCAAGCCUGGCCGGCAUGUAAAUGCUGGCAGUACUAUUAAUUAUAGCUAUAGCUAACAGCCCAACUCUUGCCAAUGAAAGAUCUGUCCUAAUUCUUCCUCCUUAAGAACUAUCUAGGAGCCAAGAUGAAGAGAGGGAUUCGGAAUUUUUGUAACGGUGAUGCCUCAACUUCUACACUCGAUCAACACAAUAAGGCCAAUUAUACCGCCGAUGAUCACCAUUGCUUUGUCACCUCUCCUUACACCCACAUGAAUCAUGCAGAUACAGCGCAACAAGGCUCACCAACUCUGGAGCAGAUGAUAUUGCAGUUAGAGUUAGAAGAGGAGUUUGCAAGAAAAGCUAAGCUCAACAACUAUGUUGAUGUCGGUUUGCGGGCUGGUAGAAUGUCAUGUGUUAACAAUUCUGAUAUCUUGCGGUCUGCGAGGAACGCAUUGAGUCAAUAUCCUCGCUUCUCUCUCGAUGGAAAGGAUGCCAUGUAUCGGUCUUCUUUCCGGAACUUGGAUUCUGUUAGUAAGGCAGCAGCUGGCAGGAAAUCAGUCUGCUGUGAUCAUGGACUGAGAGAACGAAUGAAUAGAAACAAUCUUGGUGCCAAGUUUGAGAGGAAGUUGAGUUUGCCACCAACUUUGGCUGGGGAAAGAGUGGUAUGGUGCAAACCAGGAGUGGUAGCAAAGUUGAUGGGUCUCGAGGCAAUGCCAGUGCCAAUCAACAGCGGAGAAGAUAAAGAGACGUUAGCUUCCAUCAUAAAGAGGCAAAAUCUUAGGAGAAGAGCUGAAAGACAUGAAAUAGAAAGAAGACUGGCCGGAGAUGUGAGCGCUUUCGAUGGAAUCAAGAGAGGGAGAUCAUCUAUGCCUUCCUGCUCAAAGCCUGGAUAUUGUGUGACGAAACCGGUUGCAGUAGAGCCUGCUAACGACGGAGGAGGUUGGCCAACCCGGCGAAAUCGUUAGAUGCUAAUUAAUCAAUCCAUCUGUAGCCAGCUGGGAACAGUCAUCAAACUGUGGCUGCAUUUUGUUACCUUUGAUCAAUCCUACGUGUGGAAACACUGCCACAUUGUACCAAGUGUUGCCAGAAACGGAAAUCUCACUCGAUCUGAAUUGCAAGUUUCACAAGUGAUUUAUUAGUCUAUUAGCAUAAUUGGGAAUUCCCAAUAGCAUUUUAGGAAUUCUUAUAUCGUGUUACAGGAGAAGAAAAGAAUUGUCAUCCAGUAUGAAAUGAGUUGCGUUGUAAGGAAACAGGUAUUAAAAAUGCCCCAGGUGAGGUAUAAAGACAGAGCCUCUUCCUAGCUA